CGUUGUGUGUUUACAAAGACGUGACAUUUGCUCUUACAUCUGGGAUGUGAUGGACGACUUGAGUGUCCGACAGGAAAAUAUUGUAGAUUAUCUCUUGGAGCGUUUCCAACGAGGUCAGAUUUAUACGUGGAUCGAUACGCUCCUCCUAGCAAUCAAUCCUAACGGCGAGGUUUCCACCGAUGAUAUUUAUGACUUGUCGCGUGCCAACAAUCUAUAUGAUAACGUAAGGAUAACUUGUAAGGAAGUAGCACCUCAUAUAUUCGCUGUAGCGGCUAGAGCACGCUAUAGAAUAGUUCAAGGUCUUGGGAAGCCUAGCCAGGUGAUCGUCCUGAACGGCGAAACCGGAACGGGAAAGACCUUCAACGCGUGGAAGGCGUUAGAAUUUUUGACCAUCAGAAACGCAUCUACCGACAAGCAUCGGGGACGAGACGCAGCUUGCUGCGAGAUUGUGCAGAAAAUCACAAACGCCUGCCGUUUGAUAUCGGCUUUUACAGUAGCGUCUACCGGAAAAAAUGAAACCAGCUCGAGACAUGUGGAGCUUAUGUGGCUUCAAUACAAAAUGGGCAAUAUUUGCGGCGCGAUGGUAUCCUCGUACCUUCUGGAGAGAAACAGAGUUACAAUGGGCCAUUACAAUUUUCAGAUUUUUAGUCAGAUGAUGGCUGCGUUGACGGAUAUAGAAUUCGCCGACACUAGAUUAUCGAGCGAUGCGGUAUAUUUUAUGUCGAGCGAUCUGGAUUCUUCAAAAGGACAACAGCUUCGAGAUGAUUUUCAAGAUACUCUGAAAGCAAUGGAUAUGCUAUGCUUUACGGAGGAUCAGAAGAAAGAUAUCUUCCAAAUUCUUUCCUUGCUAAUCCAUAUGAGCAACAUACAGUUUACGCAAGAGGAAGAUCAUUGCAGGAUUGAUACCGAUGACCAACAAUCCAAGGAAGCCUUGGAAAACACGUGCAAGCUGGCUGGUCUCCAGAAAGAGGACAUCACUGAAUUUCUUACGUCUACCUUGAUAAAUCCGCAAAAUUCUUGGGGACGUCACAUCACUUGUCGACGUAAUCUCAACACGAAGAACACUUGCCGUUACAGGCUGCACAGUAUCAUCCGUCACUUGUACGAUCUUCUUUUUCACUGGCUGAUCAAUUCUAUAAACAGGAUCCUGUCUGUCCGUCUGUUCACUGAACGAUUGGGAAUAUUGGACAUCUUCGGAUUCGAGUGCUUUGACGUGAACGGCAUCGAGCAACUCGGCGUUAAUUAUGUCAACGAGAGACUGCAGCAAUAUUUCAUGGAAAAGUGUGUGGAAUUUCGUCGGAAGAUUUUGCAGGAAGAGGGUCUUAUUGAGGAUAUAGAACCGUCGAAGACUGUGCGAUUGUUUGAAGAUAGUUUAAAUACGAUUGAGAAACGUUUGUUCGCUCCUCUCAACGAUGUAUGUUUGUCGACAGUCCGGAACGAUUCAGCGACAUUAAUACGGCAAGUGUGCGCCAAUGAUUGUCCCAAAACCAGGCGAUUCUUGAAAGUGAAGAACGAAAAUUUCGUUAUUCAACAUUACGCCGGUGCCGUGAAGUAUUCCAUUAACGAUCUGCUUUCCAAAAAUACCGAUAAGAUCCCGGACGAGAUAACUAUAACGUUUGGCGCGAGUAAGAAUACGUUUCUAUAUUAUUUAAUUAACAAGACUAAACUACAUCACGAAAAUGGAAAAGCCAAGAAACCCACGAUGCUCUCCAAGCUGAGAUACAACGUGGAUUUGCUGAUACAAGAGUUAAAUAAAUGCGACGCGCAUUAUGUUCGCUGUAUUAAAUUACGACGUCUUGACAAUCACGAGUGGGACCGAAACGAACUUCUCAGACAACUAUCUACAGAUAUUCUCGACGUUCUGCCUCUGGCUAGAUGUAAAUAUCCGGUUCACUUCACCUACAAAAAAUUUUCCAAACGCUACCACUGCAAACGAACCUCUAACUUUCGCAUAGGUUGCGAAAUGUUGAAAUCGUCUCGGCUAACGAUAAAUGCUGAUGACUUAUCGGUGCAUUAUGGAAAACAUUUCAUCUUUUUGACAGAGGACACUUUUUUACAAUUAGAAUCUGCUAGGAAGCAAUUUUAUAUUGAAUGUAUCGGAAAAAUAGAAUCUUUCUGGAUAAAAUAUAGAAAUAAUCGGCGACAAAAUAUAAAAGAAAAUACGACAUAUCGAAUGGCAACUAUUAAAGAUGAGUUGAUCGAGAAACCUCAAGUGAAAUGUAUAUCCAUAGGAAUACAUAUGUACGCAGAGACAUAUCGGCGACAAAAUACAAGAAAUACAGCUUGUGAUGAUCAAGCAGUUGAUAUUCAAGAUAAGUCGAUUAAAAAAAAUCAAUUAGAAAUUAAAUGUAACGUGCCCUUAAUAGAUUAUUCCUUUAUAACAAAACCUCAAUUUAUACCGCCAAACAUAUCGUAUAAUAAAACCGAAUAUAUAAUCCAUUGGUUGGAAAAUGUGAGCAAAGCGAUGAAUAUAAAAAAUAGUGGAUUCUUAAUAUCGAAACAAUCGUCAAUAAGUUACAAUCAAUUAGACAUUGAAUCACAAGAUGCAAGACAUAUAUGCUCAAAUAAUAAUAGAUUUCAUAUGGAAAAUAGACAUAAGAACAACUUUGAAGAUUGCAACAAAAAAGAAGAUGUAUAUGUUAUAUGGAAUGGUACUUCUACAUUAUUCUACAAAAAAGGAAUUUUGAGUCGACGUCGUCUGGCAAAGCUACCAGUUAGAAUACAUACUCGUCUCACAUGUUUAACUAAUUCGCAUUGUUUGGUACAUACGGAAUUACCACAAGGUCUACAGGAUUGUCUUUAAAAUAUUUAAGAUUUGUACAAUAUAUGUAAGAUGUGUAGUAGAUUAUUUUAUAUAUAGUACUUUAUAGAAAGAAUAUAUAAAUUUCCAAUUUUUAUUUCGUUCAAAAUAAAAAUAGAAAAAUUUACAAAGAAAUUAAAAAAUUUUUUUAUCUUGAAUGACGUGAACAGGAAUUUGCGCCAAAUGGAAUAGAAAUUUGUAAAAUAAACAUUUAUGAAAUGAAAUAGACUGGCGAUUAAAAACUUAUCAGAAAUUACAAUUUAAAAAGGACUAAUGUAAUAAUUUCU